GCAGCCGCGGAGCCUCUGCGGGCUCUGGAAGUUGCUUUCCCAGGAGAAGAGAAUGGCUACUGGGUACCAGUCCCCCAGACUCCAGGAGUCGCUGUCCUGGGCGGAUGUGGCCGUGGACUUCUCCCGCGAGGAGUGGGCGAUGCUGGGUUCUGUGCAGAGACAGCUCUACAGAGAGGUGAUGCUGGACACCUGCGCCCACCUGGCCGCCCUGGGAGCGUUGCAGAACCAGAGUUCCGAUACAGGCGUUGACGAUGGGGACAGCACACUUUCCCCAGCACAAGCCUCUCGGGCCACCAGCCCUUCCCCAGCGGUGGGGUGUCCACUCUUUCUACCAGUGGUGCCUUUCCACCGGGAACCAGGAGAAGCCGUGUGGAUGGGGGCACGAGGAACUCCCCAAACCUCCUGUUCAGAUUUGGAUACUAGUCUGAAAAGCCAAGAGUCAGUUUACAAGAAGGUGGUUUUGGAGGAAGAACCAGACGGUGGCAUGGAUGCCAGAGAGCUCCCCAGAGAAGACUGGGAAUGUGGUCAACUUGAGAAGAACCACGAAGACCCCCGCCAGCUUCUGAGGCAAAUGGCGUACGCCCAGGCGGAGGCAUCUGCUGCAAAGGAGGCCACUGCCUGGCACGCGUUUGGGGAAACCUGUAGCACGAGCUCAGACCUUGUUUUAUCACAAGGAGGUUUUAGAGGAGGUCGUUUCCGUGACCGUGAUCUUGAUAUUGAGAGUUUGGUAGCCGAUCCAUUCUUAAAACAUCAUCGGGUGGGAUGUUCAGACCGGAGGCCCCGUGAAGGGAAUGAAUACAGAAAAGACAUCAGCCCAGACAGUGCCCUUGCUCAGCACGAAAGGACGGGAACUUGUGUGUACCCAGAAAGUGGGGAGUCAUUUAAUCAUAGUAUGGCUCUUACGACCCACAACGCGGCGGGGAAACCCUAUGAAUGCUACCAGUGCGGGAAAAUGUUUAAUCGGAGGCAUUCCCUGAGUGAGCAUCAGAGAAUACAUACUGGGGAGAGACCCUAUGAAUGUCAGGAGUGCGGGAGAGCCUUUACGCACAGCUCAACCCUCACGCGGCACCUGAGAACUCACACUGGAGAGAAGCCCUACGCGUGCAGUGACUGUGGGAAAGCCUUCAACAGGAUUUCGUCUCUUACCCAGCACCAGAGGAUUCACACCGGGGAGAAGCCCUACAAAUGCAAGGACUGCGGAAAAUCCUUCUGCCAGAGUUCUUACCUGAUCUUGCACAAGAGGACGCACACUGGUGAGAAGCCCUACGAGUGUAACGAGUGUGGAAAGGCCUUCAGUGAUCGUUCCUCGCUCAACCAACACGAGCGCACGCACACCGGUGAGAACCCCUAUGAAUGUACUCAGUGCGGGAGAGCCUUCAGCCAGCGGUCUUCCCUCGUGAGGCACGAGAGAACUCACACUGGAGAGAAACCGUACAGCUGUCCCGAGUGUGGGAAGGCGUUCAGCCAGAGCUCCUCCCUCAUCACCCACCAGAAAACUCACACUAGUCAGAAAACCUACAAAAUCAUUGACUGCGGGAAAGCUUUCUAUCAGAGCGGCCGCCUUCUUGGAUUUAGCGCGGCCCCGCGGACCUCAGGGCCGCCCCGCCCCAACCCUUCCGAGCCCGGGGCCGCGGACCGGGUUAGCGACCUCCAGCCGGGGGUCGGGCAGGGGCGGGGCCUCCGGGUCAAAGGUCGCCGCAGCCCCCGCGCUCCCCGGCCUCCCACGCGGCGCGGGGGUGGGCGCGCUGGCGGCCGCGUGGACGUGGCUCUGGGCCGGCCAGGGCGCUCCAGCGCACCUGCUCCGCGCGGCCCCAGGUGUCCCGGGCGCGCCGCUCUCACCUGCCCGGCCCGGGGGAGGGACGCCCGGAAGCCCGGAGCCGGGCCGGAGAUGGACUCAGUGGUCUUUGAGGAUGUGGCCGUGGACUUCACCUUGGAGGAGUGGGCGUUGCUGGAUUCUGCUCAGAGGAAGCUCUACAGAGAGGUGAUGCUGGAAAACUUGAAAAACCUGGCCUCAGUGGAUGAUGACACUCAAUUUAAAGCCAGUGGGUCAGUUUCUCAGCAGGAUGUUUAUGGGAAUAAACUGUCCAAGGAACAUAAAAUAGCAGAGUUCACCAGAAAUGAUUCCUGGGCCUCUGUUUUAGGGAAAAUUUGGGAAGAACUUAGCACUGAAGAUCAGCACACAAAGCAGGGGAGACAUCUGAGAAAUCAUGUGGUGGAGAAACUCUCUGAAAGUAACAAUCCAUGUGGGGAAGGCUCCAUUCGGAUUCCAAGUGGUAAUCUGUAUCAGAAGGCUGUUGCUGGAGUGAAAGCGUAUGAGUCUGGUGCGUACGGAAAAGUCUCUGUGCAUCAUUCCUCCCUCAAGAGCCACGUCGCCGUGCACACUGGGCACAAACCGUAUCAGUGUCCAGAGUGCGGGCGGGCCUAUAGUUGUCGGUCACACCUGCGAAUGCAUGCGAGGACCCACAACGGAGACAGAACCUAUGCAUGUAAAUUAUGUGGAAAAACCUUUCCUCGUACUUCGUCCCUCAACCGGCACAUAAGGAUUCAUACUGCCGAGAAGACUUACGAGUGUCAACAGUGUGGGAAAGCCUUCAUCGACUUUUCCAGUCUUAGCAGUCAUGUGAGAACUCACACAGGAGAGAAACCCUAUAAAUGUAAGGAAUGUGGGAAAGCUUUCAGUUAUUCUUCAACUUUUCGAAGGCACAUGAUAACACACACGGGAGAGAAGCCCUAUAAGUGUAAGGAAUGUGGGGAAGCCUUCAGCUAUUCCUCAACGUUUCGAAGGCACAUGAUCUCACACACGGGGGAGACACCCCACAAAUGUAAGGAAUGUGGAGAAGCCUUCAGUUACUCCUCCGCAUUUCGAAGGCACAUGAUAACGCACACGGGGGAGAAGCCCUAUGAAUGUAAACAGUGUGGGAAAACCUUUAUUUACCUGCAGUCCUUCCGGAGACACGAAAGGAUUCACACUGGAGAGAAACCCUACGCAUGCAAGCAAUGUGGGAAAACCUUCAUUUAUCCCCAGUCCUUCCGAAGACAUGAGAGGACUCACGGUGGAGAGAAACCCUACGAAUGUAGCCAGUGUGGGAAAGCAUUCAGCCAUCCCUCGUCCUUCCGAGGACACAUGAGAGUGCACACCGGAGAGAAACCUUACGAAUGCAGUCAGUGCGGGAAGACUUUCAACUGGCCCAUAUCCUUAAGAAGACACAUGAGGACACACAUGAGGGAGAAACCCUAUGAAUGCAAACAGUGUGGGAAAGCCUUCAAUUUGUCAGCUUGCUUUCGGGAACACGUGAGAAUGCAUCCUGGAGACAAACCGUAUCAGUGCAAGCUAUGUGGGAAAGCGUUCUUUUGCCACCUGUCCUUACAAAAACAUAUGAGGAGGCACACCGCAGAGAAACUCUACGAGUGCAAGCAGUGUGGCAAAGCUUUCAGCUGGCCUGAACUCUUGCAGCAGCACGUGAGGACACACACUGCGGAGAAACCCUACGAGUGUAAGGAAUGUGGGAAAGUCUUCAAAUGGCCCUCGUCUCUGCCAAUACAUAUGCGAGUCCACACUGGAGAGAAACCUUAUGAAUGUAAGGAGUGUGGGAAAGCCUUCAGUUGUUCCUCGUCCUUAAGAAGACACAUGAGGAUACACACCACUGAGAGACACUACUUCGGGGAUGCGGGAAACUCUCCCGCCGAUGAAUUCAUGCCUCAUGCAUCAGGAAAUCCACACCUGGAGAGAAAUCUUACCCAGGCUGUAAAUAUGGUACCGCCUUUGUGACAACCUCAUCAGAGUGGACCUAUGGGCCGUGUAUCUCCAGUUCUUUUACAGAUGAACAGUUAGGGGAGAACUAGCUCUCCAAGUAUUCUGAGCUGUCAUUCAAAAUUUUGCAGGUGGUGUUUCUUCCCUACAUUUCCAUAAAUAAACCUUCUAUCUUUACGGCUUUUGGACUCAUGGGGAUUUGAAGUGUGUUUUUAUUAUGUAAGUAGUUUUAAUUUCUUUGCUCUUUAAUUCUUGAAGGGGUUUCGUAUUUGUUGGGAUUUUCUCACUGAGUUAAUGUGGCAGAUACUGGAUAUCACCUCUUAUACAGUUUAUGCCUUACUGAGAAUCUAUGUAUUUUGGCCAGAGGAAACUUACUGCUU